AUGUUGAUCAAGAUCACUCCGGCUUGGCUCACUGCAGCCGUUCUGCUGCCUGGUGCAUGCACCGCUUUCCAGUGCAGCGUCCAGACUUUUAAGGCCAACAUUGUCGAAGUCAACGCGUUCUCCGCCCAGGAUCUGGCUACCUCCCUGAACCGCAACAUGCAGUCGGGUGGAUGGGCCGCCGUCACUCUGACUCAGGUCAGCAGCCCGACUUGCAACCGAGACACCAUCCAGCAGCUGCUCGACAACACCUGCGCCGAUGUCUCGCACUCGGACCCGGAACAUGGACAGAGGGGCACCUCUCCAUUACUAGCUGCCACCACGCCCUCCAUCAUCUACAGCCUACCUCCGACACCAACGCAAACCUCGUCCGAGGUCAUCCUCCUUCGCUUCGGAUCCAGUCGCACAUCUCGACGCUUCGACGCCCAACACGACCUUCCCGACUCACGCAUACAGCAUAGGCGGACGUCCGUCGCCUGGAGUGCCAUGGCGCAUGUUUCUGCCAUCCCAGUGAGCGGCGCCUCUCACAUGGACCGCUCCGUCUCCUCGGCUUCAUCAGCACAUUUCAGCGCCUCAUCUUCGCCUGGCAUGACCACCUCCGUCGUCGCUUCGGACCUCGCGAGCAACGACGACAACCUCUCCGCUAUGGACGAGGAAUCGGUCUCCAUGCCUGCAACGCCACCCGAUGCAUCUCACAUGGGCCAUCUCCACAUCCUCGACUCUGCGGCCUCUGCAGGCACCGGCGCGAUGAACGCCACCGCACAGCCAGUCAAGAAGCCCGAGCUCUUUCUCUCGAUCACUCGAGCCAAUCGACCAAAGCUCGUGCUUUCCCCAACGGACCGGGAGCGCUUCACCCAGCACAUCCAAGAGAGCAAGAACAGGUUCGCCUCCGACACUGCAUAUCUUCCCAAGUCGACCAACAUGGGCCUUAGCGACGUCGACGCCGCCGCCCUGCUCUCGGUGAAUCCGUUCAACUUUGCGCGCCCCAAUGCACAGAGCUGGGAGGACGACGACGUCGAUGUCGACCACGGUCGAGCGCGUGCGGCAGCCAAACCCGGCAAGACCGUCUUUAUGAACGCUUUCCCUUGCAUCUUUGUCUCGAACCUCACCAACUCGAUCUCGUUCUACCAGAAGCUGCUAGGCUUCUCGGCCAUCGGCAAACCAGCCAGCCACCAGGCAGUGCUGCGCCGUGGGCCUGCCGCACGUCCGCCGCGCUCGGCUAGCCAGCCAUACUCGGCCAUCCCCUCGGCCGCCGAGGAGCUCGGCGUGCGCAUCGUACUGCGUUACCUGCCUGCCGAGUGGGGUGAGCUGAAGGGCGACGGCUCUGGGCCGCCGCAACUGCUCAUCGUCGUCAGCAACGUCGACGAGCUCUUCCAAGAGAUUGUGAGCAAGCAGCAGCAGUUCAAGCCCAACGGCCGCGAGUACUUCCCCGAAGUGUUCCUGGGCAAGGCCAAGCUGAUCGGCAAGCCGCAGAACAAGCCGUGGGGAACACGCGAGCUGCACGUCCUCGACCCCGAUGGCAACAAGAUCAUUUUCUACCACGAGCUCAACUGA